CACCACCAAUCCGCCAUGGCUUUCCUCGCCCGAGCACCGUCGCUGCUCCACCUCCAGCCUCCCUCCACCCCGGUGCGCGCCUUCCUCCUCCCUCAAACCACGCCCAGACCCACGCUCCACCGCCGCCGCCUCGCCGCCCGGGUCCGCGCCGCCAACUCCGACCCUCCGCAGCAGGUCAACCUCUCCGUCCUCCGCUUCACCCUCGGGAUCCCCGGGCUGGACGAGUCGUACCUCCCGCGCUGGAUAGGCCUCGGCUUCGGCGCCCUCGUCCUCCUCAACCACCUCCUCUCGCCGUCCCCGACCCCCGCGCAGCUCAGGUCCGAGGCUCUGGGGCUGUGCCUGGCCGCGUUCUCCGCAGCGCUGCCGUACCUCGGGAGGUUCCUAGAGGGUGCGGGUGCUGCAGGCCGUGUGCCGUUGCCGGAGGGGAGCAGGCAGGUGUUUGUGAUUCCUGAUGAUCUUUCGGCCGCGCAGAAGGAGGAUAUGGCCUGGGCGACGUAUGUUCUGCUGCAGAACACGAACACCACGUCUGUGCUCAUAGCAGUUGGUGAUGUGUUGUGCAUACGUGGAUACUGGGAUCCUCCUGCAGAUAUUCCCAAGAAUGCCAUGAUUGAGUGGUUCAAGAGUCAGAUGGAACAAGCUGGACUCGUUAAUCUGAGUAGCGCUUUGUACCUUCCUAGUUUUUCUGACACUCAGCUUGGGAAGAUUCUGCCACAAGGAAUUCUUUCUGUGUUGGCACAACCAAUUGUGAGCAACGCUGAUCCAACUAGCGGUGAAACAAAAGCUGAAGGUGUCAUCCUGUUGGCCUCCAACGCAAAUUAUGCAUAUAGUGAGAAAGAUAGGGUUUGGAUAAGAGCAGUUGCAAAUAAAUUUCGACGUGCGUAGCUCAGUGACGGCCAAGGUAUUCCAGGGAUUUCAGUCUUGCCUCCUACCGUUUUUCCAAUGCGGUGUAAGCCCUGUGAUUUCUAUCAUAUGGAUAACACAACUGAAGUUCAGAUACGUUGGAUGACAUGCCAUCACCAGAGUAUAGCAAAAGGUGAAAAACCCCAACUGACCAUAACCUGGCUACCGUGCACCUUGUUGAGUUACAACCAAGGGGAGGCGAAGUGCUUUUAAGUCCAAAUGUUUUCACAGAUCAGGAUCACAGGUAUUGCAGUGAUACAAUCUUCUAUGCAUGUGGAAUUUUUGAGUGUAGCUAGUGAGAAAUUUGAUGGAUACCUAGGAGGAACUUAGGCAUCAAUUGUAUUAAGCCCAAAAAAAUUGCACCCAGAGGGUCGAGUCCGUAUCACCACGGAACAACUGCAGCAACCUGAUCUGAUCUACCUACUCGGCAAUCAUCCAGUGACUUCACGGUCACCAAAGAAGACCCAGAUUCAACUUGAAGAGGAUGGGACCAGGGGGGUGAGGGCAUAAGUCGACACAGCUAGUAAGUAAAUGGCAUUUCCAUAUUGAAUUUGCCAUCUGGAAUUAGUACCGAAAUUGUACAUAAACAUUUAACACUAGUCGGAGAACAUUUGCACUUCUGUUGAUCCCCCCUUGUAGAUCACUGCAUCAUGUUGGUAGGUAAUGGCCUAAUGGAUGCACUAAUUUGUUAGUUGGCACAACUCAUCCAUACUUGUACGUUGUACCGGUCAUUAAUAUACUCCAUUGCUGUUGGCUUGUUUUUUUGAGGUAGUUGGUGCCAUCAAGAAUCUCCUGACCUUCACUCAGAUUAUUUGUUCUCUCACCGCAAAAGUACUUCUCAUCUUUCAAUUAAGAGGAGUUUUAGUUUUUCAAUGAGGCUGAACGAAUAACAAGUAAAGCUAGCAUCAUGUUUCAGAUAAUGGAAUAUAUUUGUGGACUUCAGGACAUGAUAUAUUAAACCCGCAAUGCAUGUAUGAAUAAGUACAUGCACAAGUACUAGAUAUGCUGAAAUAUCGAAUGUCUUGCCAGUUGCAAACAUCAUUUUAGAGUAGUCUGGGCAAAAAUUUAUGUAAUAUUUAUUGAAACAUAUUGCUAGCUUUCCGACUCAUUUUUUUACAGUAGGACUUGUUCAGGUCUGAAAUCUUGACUCUUAUAAUGCCAACAUGUACUGGUCUAGAAUUCUAUCAUUUGGAUUGUUCUCUUCUCUACUCUGUGAUCUUUCAGUCUCUGGACCAACAGUUCAGCCUGUAGCUUUAUGUUCUUAUUACUUCCAAAUAUAUCCUAGCAAGCAAGCCCCUUGUUAUAUCAAACCCCCUUUGCUAACUUACUUAGCUGAAACUUAGAUUAUCAGUAUAUCAUCACUCGUGACAGAUUCUCAGUGAAGAUAAUUAUAUGAACAUUGGGUAGAUUACCCAUUUAUAUUUUUUGUAAAAAGGUAGCAAGAGGUAAAUAAGGCAGAGACCCAUAUGGUAGUAUGAAGUUUGAACCUCAAUAAGACCAUAAUCCCAAAAUAUUUUCGUAAUUGAUUCCGAAAUGGUCUCAUGUCUUCCUUUUUAGUUUAUUAUGUCACCAUAUUCUUGUUGGUAAUCUGACCAGGAUCUUGUGGUGACAUGUCCUGUCUGUGCAAAGCAUGUUGCCCGUGCCUGUUUGUAGUGCUUAAUCGGGUACACAUACAACUACUGCUGAUGGGUACUGCUAAAGAUUUGUUUAGGCAUUCUUGCACCCCAAGGAGACAAAUCAUGUAACUGUUAAUUCCAGUUGCUUCUUGUCUUGAAAUUUCUAGUAUAUAAAUUUAGCUACAGUUAUUUUGUAUCAACUACACUGUACAUAUUUAUUAGUUACGAGGGAAGUAAGGACUUUUGCAGUCAGACUGUUAACUUGUUAAGAGCUGUUUAAGUAUUGCCAGCUACCAUUUGUUAAGGUCGAAGUAUGCUUGAUGGCACCUUUCUAUAGGCGACAGACACUGAGCCAUAUUUUCUAGUUUGAUGGCUGCAUACCAACCUAGUUGAUACUUCAUAGCGUUGGCAUGCUAGUCUUAAUCAUUAAGUAAAGCAGUACUUGUCUUAAAUUUGGGCAUAAGAAAUCAACCCAUACUGCAAAAAAUAAAAUCGAAAAGAAAAAAAAAGGCUACAAUGAUAAGAUUACCAUCCUUUCCUUUUCGCUGAAUCAUAAGAACCUCAAUAGUGUCAUAAGUUUAGUGAUGCAAACAAUUGAAUCUCAUGUUGUGUCUCCUGUAAAGACAAACUUUGACUGUUGUGCUUUACGGGGUAUGGUAAGUACUCUUACUUUACCAUUUCCAUCAAGGCUGACGAUGCUAGUUUCUCACAUCUCACCUGAUCAUUCUUGAUUUAUCCUAUUUUCAUUU